AUGGCUGGCUCUUCUAGAGAUCUGGUGGCCGCCGCAGGUAGAGUAGUGUCAAAUUUGUCUGCUAGAUAUGACGUGAUUUCCUCGAUUUUGGGGGCCCUGUUCUGUAAGUUGUAUAAGGUGGUGUAGUAUUCUCUGAAGGACUCUGCUAUGUCCUCUGUGGUGGAUGCUAACGUGUUAUUGGCACGUUUUAUCCUAGGAAUGUAAGUCUGAGAUUGCUUUUGUUUCAGAGCUUGAGCAAGUAAUUUGCCACUCCUGUUUCCCUGAGAGUAAUAUAAGUGUUUGGUCCAUAGUAGGGCCUUUUUAGCAUUGUCUAGGAGGAGUGAGUGGAGUUCCUUUCUUAAUGCUAUAAGUGCUCGGAAUAUGGGAUCUGUAGGGUUAUGUUUGUGUGUUUCCUCUGUUGUUCGGAUCUCCCCCAGUAACUCUGCGAUCCGUUUGUGUUUGUUUUUUUGGGUUUGUGCGCCCCAUUUUAUUAGUUCCCCCCGAAUCUUCUCAGUGAUUUAUUUAUGUUUGACACUGCACUGGGUCCAGUUGAGCCAAUGCACCCCCCAGUAUUCUCACACAUAACAUAUCAAUCAUUCACAUGCCUAUAUUUAGCCACUCACGCAACAGUUUUGUCAUACAUUCACAAAUAAACAAGAUACAAAGGUAAACAUACAAGUUUGGUCUUGCUGUUUUAUACAAAAUGCUGAAAUAGACAAGCACACACAGACAUGCACAAACACAAAAAUACAGACACACAAAGAUUACCUAUUCUCACCCACCCCCUUGUUUCCUUCUCAUAUCCCACAUUUUAUCACCCCUUCCUCCCAUCUCUCUCUGUCUUGGUUGCUGUAGUGACAUGGUGCUAUUUGCAUACGAGAAAUAUUGCAUAGCUUCACAGAAGACUCAUCCUACAUUUUCCAUUCACGAGUGUCACCCAUUACUGCUCAUGUCUAGAGUCAGUAUUCCCAGGAAAUGUAUAGCUUGACCACAGCUAUAAAGGCACAACCAUUCUCUUCCCCCUUUAGCAUACAGUUCUAAACCUCAGCAUCAAGGAACAUUCAGAGCAUCAAAACAACUUAAAUGCAUCUCGUAUCAUCUGGCAUUAAUAGUGUUGUGUAUUUUUUGCAUGUGCAAAUGUGUACAGUUUUUGCAGAAAAACGGAAAUAUUUUGUAUCAUUCUGCACUGUUAGAAAACAGGUUGCGCCAAAUAACUACACAGUACUGGUAUUGCUAAGGAAUACAGUUGUAUGCAAGUAGUAGUAACUGGAAUCUAUAAUUACAAAGAAUGCCCUCGAAAAACCAUAAGAAAGUCAAACAAGGAACCGUCUGUAGGUUUGAUUGUAUCUGCUUCUGACAAUAUAAUCCUUGUCACAGGGUAUUAGGUGAAGAAUCAGAACAAGGUCUUUGUAGCGACACUGGUACAUCUUACAUUAUCUUCACAGCAUACGCAUCUCACAUGGAAUACAUAAAAAGGGGAUCUCAAUAGAACAAACCCAGUGUGUAUAUAAAAAGAGAAUAAAAUGCACUCACAAACAAAGAGCUUCCAAUUCAGCUCUUAGUAAGAUCUUAAAGUUGAAUAAUCCCUGCUCACGGAUAUAAUUUGUAAAGGAUGUUCCUCUGUAUUUUCCAAGGGUAUAUAGUAAAAGAUAGAAAUAAGGAGAAUAGUGCUCUCUGUAUUGGAAGAUAAAAUAUGUAAGUAAAAUAAAUUGUACUCACAUUUAAAGGAGCAUAUACAUGCUUGUUGGAAUCAGCGUGGGUGGUACAAUCCCCACCUGGAAUAUGUAAGUUGAUCAAAUGCAGCACUGUCAGCAGGUAUUUUUCAAAAAUUAUAAAAUAAUGAAGGAUAAAAUUAAAUAAAAAGUAGGACCAGAUAAAAUUAAAUAUGUUGAAUGGUAAAAUUCACUUUAAUUAAAAUUUUAAAUUACAUUGUUGUUUUUUUAAAUAAAAAUGUUUUUACCAAACAAAUAUUAAACGAUAAAUGCAUUAAAUACUUAACAAAUGGUUAAAAUCACAACACAUUUGGCAGAGAUGGCUUUUUUAAGUGACAAAGCUAUCUGGGCGAAACGCGUCGUGAUUUUAGCAGAUUGUUAAGUUUUUUUGUUUUAAUUCAAAAAAAAUAUUUAAAAAUAAUAAUUUCAUUUUAAAUUUUAAUUAAAGUGGAUUUUACCAUUCAAUAUUCAGUUUGGCUGGCUAUUCUGGUUUAAGAUUUGAAAGUUACUUUGAAUUCCCCAAAGAUCUGUGCAGGUUUAGAGUAUUAAACAGUGUUUCACUUUGAGAUGAAUACCGAUAGCUGAAUUGCCGUUACGCCCAACUGCAGGCCCUGUCUGCAAGAUAGAAGCUCAAUUCGCCAGUUGCCAGCAUGCAAUGCUGUCUGUCGACAGACGUAUUUUAUGCACAAUAUUGACAUUAGGCAGCCCGGGUUUAACUAGCACUAAAGUACGGAGAUCUCAGUAUGUGCAGUGCUGCAGAAAUGCUGCACAUACACACUCCUACAACCAUGACCACUUCAAAUCACUAAAAUACUAAGGGUGGCUGGGCUUUUAUUGUUGGUCUUUUUAAUCUAUUGUACAGUGCUGCAGAAUAUGUUGGCGCUAUAUAAAUAAUUGUAAUUGUCAUGAACUUAGCUAUAACUUGAAAGAAAAUCAUGUUUUAUUUUCUCGCUCUAGAACCAAACACAGUGAAACUCCUCAGAGACAAUGGCAAAACAUCAUAUUCUGUUUCCCUGAUUUGGGAUCCACCUGACGAGUACAAGGCUGAAUAUAAAUACAGAAUACUAACAGCAAAUUCAUCAUCUGUCGUGAUAAAUGAAAUUAUUGUGACAAAUCAAACUGUUAAUAUAACUAAUCUGACACCCGGAGUAACAUAUACAUUCACUGUAUUUACAAGAGCGGCUGAUAAUGUCACUGAAAGUCAAUCUGUCUCAUAUACAACCUGCACAGGUGAGUACAGACUGACCUCUCUAGGGGGAGAAUUGUGGAUAUGGUCAUUAUAGCAGGUAAAGGGGACUUCAAGUGUAUUGAAAAUAUGGUUUGAGGAUUUUCUCUCUCUUUCUUUUCUAUCCUAUUUUUCCUUUCGAUUUGUGUGAUUUCUAUUCUGAUUUUUUUCAGUUCCGGGUCUGGCUCAGAAUAUCACAGUAAAUAAUAAGAAUACUACUAAUUCACUCAGUGUGAACUGGACAAUACCAGCAGGGAAAGUGGAUAAUUACACAGUCACUCUGAGUGGAGACGUCAAUAAAAUAAUCACAACUAAUUCUACACAAGUGGAUUUCACAGAUUUACUGCCAGGCAGAAACUACUCCAUCACUAUACAGACAGUUAGUAGUAACUGCAGCCAGUCAGCAGCUCCAGUGAUAGAGGCAACAUGUGAGUAUGAUGGGAUCAUUGGGACAGAGCUAUUUGCUUAUAUGCAAAUCAUACACAUUAAAUAAAAUGUAGUGACACAAAUUAAGAUAUUCUAUCAUCUGUUUUCUGAUAUUAUUGGAUUAUUUUCAGAUGUUGGUUAUAAAAAUCUUUGUAUACUUUUUUUUCUUCUUCCUUCGUAGAUCCAACUCCUCCAGUGUCCUUAAACGUUACAAAUAUCGGAACAAACUACAUUUCAUUGUCCUGGGGAGAACCAGUAAAUAUGACCAAUGUGACAAAGUCUUUCAAGAUAAUUUACAGCAAUUCUUCAUCCUCUUGGACUGUGACAGUAAACACAUUAAAUGUCACCCUUCAGAACCUCACGUCUGGGACUAAUUACACAAUUACUGUAGUAACAGUUGGUUCUCUGCAGUAUCAGAGUUCUCCUGUGACCAUAUCAGCGUACACAAGUAGGUUUUCUCAGUGAUUUAUUUAUGUUUGACACUGCACUAGGUCCAGUUGAGCCAAUGCACCCCCCAGUAUACUCACACAUAACAUAUCAAUCAUUCACAUACCUAUAUUUAGCCACUCACGCAACAGUUUUGUCAUACAUUCACAAAUAAACAAGAUACAAAGAUAAACAUACAAGUUUGGUCUUGCUGUUUUAUACAAAAUGCUGAAAUAGACAAGCACACACAGACAUGCACACACACAAAAAUUCAGACACACAAAGAUUACCUAUUCUCACCCACCCCCUUGUUUCCUUCUCAUAUCCCACAUUUUAUCACCCCUUCCUCCCAUCUCUCUCUGUCUUGGUUGCUGUAGUGACAUGGUGCUAUUUGCAUACGAGAAAUAUUGCAUAGCUUCACAGAAGACUCAUCCUACAUUUUCCAUUCACGAGUGUCACCUAUUACUGCUCAUGUCUAGAGUCAGUAUUCCCAGGAAUUGUAUAGCUUGACCAGAGCUAUAAAGGCACAACCCUUCUCUUCCCCCUUUAGCAUACAGUUCUAAACCUCAGCAUCAAGGAACAUUCAGAGCAUCAAAACAACUUAAAUGCAUCUCGUAUCAUCUGGCAUUAAUAGUAUUGUGUAUUUGUUGCAUGUGCAAAUGUGUACAGUUUUUGCAGAAAAAAGGAAAUAUUUUGUAUCAUUCUGCACUGUUAGAAAACAGGUUGCGCCAAAUAACUACACAGUACUGGUAUUGCUAAGGAAUACAGUUGUAUGCAAGUAGUAGUAACUGGAAUCUAUAAUUACAAAGAAUGCCCUCGAAAAACCAUAAGAAAGUCAAACAAGGAACCGUCUGUAGGUUUGAUUGUAUCUGCUUCUGACAAUAUAAUCCUUGUCACAGGGUAUUAGGUGAAGAAUCAGAACAAGGUCUUUGUAGCGACACUGGUACGUCUUACAUUAUCUUCACAGCAUACGCAUCUCACAUGGAAUACAUAAAAAGGGGAUCUCAAUAGAACAAACCCAGUGUGUAUAUAAAAAGAGAAUAAAAUGCACUCACAAACAAAGAGCUUCCAAUUCAGCUCUUAGUAAGAUCUUAAAGUUGAAUAAUCCCUGCUCACGGAUAUAAUUUGUAAAGGGUGUUCCUCUGUAUUUUCCAAGGGUGUAUAGUAAAAGAUAGAAAUACGGAGAAUAGUGCUCUCUGUAUUGGAAAAUAAAAUAUGUAAGUAAAAUAAAUUGUACUCACAUUUAAAGGAGCAUAUACAUGCUUGUUGGAAUCAGCGUGGGUGGUACAAUCCCCACCUGGAAUAUGUAAGUUGAUCAAAUGCAGCACUGUCAGCAGGUAUUUUUCAAAAAUUAUAAAAUAAUGAAGGAUAAAAUUAAAUAAAAAGUAGGACCAGAUAAAAUUAAAUAUGUUGAAUGGUAAAAUUCACUUUAAUGAAAAUUUUAAAUUACAUUGUUGUUUUUUUAAAUAAAAAUUUUUUUACCAAACAAAUAUUAAACGAUAAAUGCAUUAAAUACUUAACAAAUGGUUAAAAUCACAACACAUUUGGCAGACUUGGCUUUUUUAAGUGACAAAGCUAUCUGGGCGAAACGCGUUGUGAUUUAAACAGUGUUUCACUUUGAGAUGAAUACCGAUAGCUGAAUUGCCGUUACGUCCAACUGCAGGCCCUGUCUGCAAGAUAGAAGCUCAAUUCGCCAGUUGCCAGCAUGGAAUGCUGUCUGUCGACAGACGUAUUUUAUGCACAGUAUUGACAUUAGGCAGCCCGGGUGUAACUAGCACUAAAGUCAGUGGCGUCUCUAGGAUUCAUUUUUCGGGGGGGCACAUGGAGGGCCAGUGACAAAAGUAGGGGGGCACAUUUAACCCCGCCCUCGCCGCAGUUUGACCCCGCCCCUGUCACAUGUUAAGCCACGCCCCCGACACAAUGUGUUUUGUUUUUUUAAUAAUACCUGGUGGAGGAUUCAUUAUUUUCCACCAGGGAUUAUUAAAAAAACAAACACAUUAUCCUUGAUACAGUGCCAUAGUUGCCAACAUUUGAAAAAAAAUUUCCAAGGACAUUUUGCAGCACAGCUAUCAAUUACUGUCUGGGUAUAAUAUCCCUGGACAGUCAGUGCUCUCUGUAUAAUACAGGGUUGUGUGUAUAAUAAAUUGGGACACUCAGUGCUCCCUGUAUAGUGCUGCUCUCUGUAUAAUACAGGUCUGUUUGUGUAUAAUAUCCCAAGACAGAGAGCAGCACUAUACAGGAAGCACUGACUAUCCCAGGAUAUUUUAUACCCACAGAUCUGUAUUAUACAGAUAGCUGAGCAUAUACCCCAAUCUCUAGACUACUAGUACCUGUCAACAGCAGCUCCCAGGCGCGUGUAACAGGGCUAAAGUGUGCGGCAGCUCACACAGAUUAUUCAGCGGUAAAGUUCACUCGCUGGCAGAGCCAAACUGGGAGUCCCUGGGAAUCCAAAGCAGCCCUGGAAAAAAAAAAACGUAUGCCAUUCCUACAAGUCAAAAUAAAUAUAUAUAUAUAUAUAUAUAUAUAUAUAUAUAUAGUACAGUGAGCACACAAGCUCACUGACAUGCGCAAAUAGGCUUACUGACAGACAAAACUCCCUGACUCACACACAAGCUUACUACAGACACUCACUUGUAUAAACAGAAGGCUCACUACAAAGAAGUUCAGGGACACACACACAAGCUCACUAAAGACAAGCUCACUGACACACACAUGCUCACUAAAUAGAAGCUCACUGACACACACAAGCAGUACCAUUUUAACAGAGUUAAGGGCCCCUGGGCAAAGCAAUACACUGGGGCCCUUCCUACACAACAACUCACAGGAAUUUUAAUUAUUGAUAGACUGCGGAGUCCAUACACACACACAGAGUGCUGAGUCCAUACACACACACACUGCUGAGUCCAUACACACACACAAAGAUUGCUGAGUCCAUACACACACACACACACACACACACACAGAUUGCUGAGUCCAUACACACACACACACACACACACACACACAGAUUGCUGAGUCCAUACACACACACACACACACAGAUUGCUGAGUCCAUACACACACACACACAGACUGCCGAGUCCAUAUACAUACACACACAGACUGCUGAGUCCAUACACACACACAAACUGCUGAGUCCAUACACACACACACAGACUGCUGAGUCCAUACACACACACACAGACUGCUGAGUCCACACACACACACAGACUGCUGAGUCCAUAUACACACACACUGCUGAGUCCAUACACACACACACACUGCUGAGUCCAUACACACACACACACAGACUGCUGAGUCCAUACACACCCCAGACUGCAGGUCCAUGCAGUGUGUGUGUAGAACAGUGUAUGUGUAAAUUAAUAUGUAGAGCUAAGAAGGUGUGUGUGUAUAGAGCAGUGUGUAGGAGCAAUAUUAAUGUAAUAGAGGCAAUGUGUGUGUAUAGAGAGCAGUAUAGAGGCAAUAUUGUCUAUAAGAGAGCAGUAUAGGGAGGCAAUGUGUAUGUGUGUAAGUGUGUGUGUGUGUAUGAGCAAUGUGUGUGUGUAUGAGAGCUAUAGAGGCAGUGUGUGUAUUAAUAUAGAGGCAGAGUGUAAAUGUGUAAUGUGUAUAGAGGCAAUGUGUGUAUAGGAGGCAGUGUGUGUGUGUAUAUAGGUGUAUAUAUAGAGGCAGUGUGUGUCUAUGGAAGUAUAGAGGGCAAUGUGUGUCUAUAGAGACAGUAUAGCAGGGCAAUGUGUGUGUAUGGGGCAGUAUAGGGGACAGUGUGUGUCUAUAGAGGCAGUGUGUGUGUGUGUGUGGGGGGCAGUGUGUGUGUGUGUGUAUGGGGGGCAGUGUGUGUGUGUGUGUGGGGGCAGUGUGUGUGUGUGUGUGUAUAGGGCAGUGUGUGUGUGUGUGUGUGUGUGGGGGCAGUAUGGGGGACAGUGUGACAUGGGAGGCUGUAUGUGGGGACAGUGUGUGUGUGUAUGGGAGGCUGUAUGUGGGGCAGUGUGUGUGUAUGGGAGGCUGUAUGGGGCAGUGUGUGUGUAUAGGAGCUGUAUGGGGGGCAGUGUGUGUGUAUGGGGGGCAAUGUGUGUGUAUGGGGGGCAGGGUGUGUGUAUGGGAGGCUGUAUGGGGGGCAGUGUGUGUGUAUGGGAGGCUGUAUGGGGGGCAGAGUUUGUGUAGGGGGGCAGUAUUGGCGGCAAUGUGUGUGUAUGGGGGGGCAGUAUAGGGGGCAAUGUGUGUGGGGGGGCCCAAGGGGGGGCACAGCAUGAUGUAGGGGGGGCCAUGGCCCCCUCUGACCCCCCCCACUAGUGACGCCACUGAUCUCAGUAUGUACAGUACUGCAGAAAUGCUGCACAUACACACUCCUACAACCAUGACCACUUCAAAUCACUAAAAUACUAAGGGUGGCUGGGCUUUUAUUGUUGGUUUUCUUUAAUCUAUUGUACAGUGCUGCAGAAUAUGUUGGCGCUAUAUAAAUAAUUGUAAUUGUCAUGAACUUAGCUAUAACUUAAAGGAAAAUCAUGUUUUAUUUUCUCGCUCUAGAACCAAACGAAGUGAAACUCCUCAGAGACAAUGGCAAAACAUCAUAUUCUGUUUCCCUGAUUUGGGAUCAACCUGACGAGUACAAGGCUGAAUAUAAAUACAGAAUACUAACAGCAAAUUCAUCAUCUGUCGUGAUAAAUGAAAUUAUUGUGACAAAUCAAACUGUUAAUAUAACUAAUCUGACACCUGGGGAGACAUAUACAUUCACUGGAUUUACAAGAGCGGCUGAUAAUGUCACUGAAAGUCAAUCUGUCUCAUAUACAACCUGCACAGGUGAGUACAGACUGAUCUCUUUAGGGGGAGAAUUGUGGAUAUGGUCAUUAUAGCAGGUAAAGAGACUUAAAGUGUAUUGAAAAUAUGGUUUGAGGAUUUUCUCUCUCUUUCUUUUCUAUCCUAUUUUUCCUUUCGAUUUGUGUGAUUUCUAUUCUGAUUUGUUUCAGUUCCGGGUCUUGCUCAGAAUAUCACAGUAAAUAAUAAGAAUACUACUAAUUCACUUAGUGUGAACUGGACAAUACCAGCAGGGAAAGUGGAUUAUUUCACAGUCACUCUGAAUGGAGACGUCAAUAGAACAAUCACAACUAAUUCUACACAAGUGGAUUUCACAGACUUACUGCCAGGCAGAAACUACUCCAUCACUAUACAGACAGUUAGUAGUAACUGCAGCCAGUCAGCAGCUCCAGUGAUAGAGGCAACAUGUGAGUAUGAUGGGAUCAUUGGGACAGAGCUAUAUCUUUACGUGGAAAUCAUACAAACUGAGUUCUAG